AUGGCUGGUCGCUUGGACGAAGGAGAAGAAGUCAAUCCUUUUGCUAAAGAGAAGGAGCUGGAAGCUAAAGAAGUUGAGCUUCAGCGACGCGAGCAGGAUCUCAAACGGAAAGAGGAUGCUGCUGCACGAGCGGGAGUUGUUAUGGAGGUGAAAAACUGGCCGCCCUUGUUCCCACUUAUCCACCACGACAUUGCACAUGAUAUUCCCAUCCCUCUCCAAACUCUACAGUAUACUGCAUUUGCAACUUAUUUAGGAUUGGUUCUUGCUCUUUUCUGGAAUAUCAUCGCCGUUACUACUGCUUGGAUCAAAGGAGAAGGAGUGACGAUUUGGCUACUUGCUCUUAUUUACUUCAUAUCGGGUGUCCCAGGAGGCUAUGUCUUAUGGUAUCGCCCUCUCUACCUGGUAAUAUCUUAUAACCUGAGUGCUCUAUGUGACACAGUUCCUUUCUUGCCACAGAUGCACAUAUUUUUCUGCGUCUUUGCUGCUGUUUCUCCUCCUUUUCUUUUCAAAGGAAAAUCACUUGCUGGCAUAUUACCUGCAUUGGACAUGUUGAGCAGUCAGGCAUUGGUCGGAAUCUUCUACUUCAUCGGAUAUCGUUUCUGA